AUGACUACCAAUCACGUGGAAAAGCUCGACUCGGCUCUCCUCCGUCCUGGCCGUGUGGACAUGAAGAUUACCUUUGGGCACGCAAGCGAAGCAGAUAUCAAGGAGCUUUUCACCUCGAUCUACGGGGCGAAGAACAAUGACAUUGCGUGUGGAGCCCCAACAACCCACAGCAACGGUUCAGUCAAGUUGCCGACAACCGGCGUUGUUGACAUUGCCAAGGCAAAGGGUGAGAUUGUCCAAGACUUCGAGGAGUGUAAUGGAGGGGUGAAAAAGUGCAAGGAAAAAGACCUGCAGAGUCUUGUAUCCCUCCGAUCCCGCAUUUCCGACUUGGCGUCUGAGUUUGCUGCUGUUGUUCCGAGUGGCGAGUUUACGGCUGCGGAGAUCCAGGGAUACCUUCUCAAUCACAAGGAGACACCCGAGGUAGCCAUCCAGGGUGCAGCAGAGUGGGUGCAAACUGCACGGGAUAAGAAGCGUGCUAGCGAGGGACAGGGAGAGCCUGAAGGAGAAGCCAAGGGAGAGGAGAAGGAUAAAUCUUAG